AUGCGUCCAGUGUCAUUUUAUGUUCUGCCCAGUCCUCCCAUCAGUUUAUCCUCCUCAUACAUUCCUGCCCUGCUGCAAUGUGGAGUUCUGUCUAAAGUUUGGGAAAGGGGGGCAAGGAAAAGAGGGUUAUUCUAUCCAAAAACAAUGUUUUAGUAACCCUUUAAUAUACAUAUAUUAUCAUAUAUUAUCACUGACCUAUUUUAUUACCAAUAUAAGUAUCAUUACAACACACAUAUAAAAAAGUGCAGUAUUGCAAUAAGAAUUUUAUAUGUUCUUUAAAACCAUUGCCCACACACCAGUUCCAAUAUUAUCACUGUAAUUUAAUUUCUAGCUAAGGUUUACAGCAUCUCAUAUCCAACAAUUGGUUUUAAACAGAACAAUAUUAAUCCUCAAUUUUACUGGCUUUCAAGACUGUUAUGUAUUACACUGAUCAGCCACUACCUUAAAACCAUCCGCCUAAUAAUAUUUAGACCCCUCUAGUACUGCUAAAGCAGCUCUGAUUUGUCAAGGCAUAGACUCCACAAGACCUCUGAACAAAUCGAAUCCACGGAUUGGCACCAAGACAUAAACAGCAUAUCCUUUAAGUCAUGCAAGUUGCGAUUUGAGGCUCCACGCUCAAUCAGAUUGAGAUAUGGGAAAUUUGGAGGCUAAGCCUACACCUUGAACCCUUUGUCAUGUUUCUCAAACCAUUUCUGAACAUUAUUUGCUGCACGGCAGGGUGUAUUAUCCUGGUGAAAGAGGCCACUACCAUCAGGGAUCACCAUUGGCAUAAAGGGGUGUACAUGGUCUGCAACAGUUUCUAGGUAGGUGGUAAGUGUCAAAGUUGCAUCUACAUGAAUGCCACGACCCAGGGUUUCCCAGCAGAACAUUGCUGGUGCAUAACACUGCCUCCACUUGUCUACCUUCUGUCAUUGUAUGUGUAAUGAAAACCCAAACACACAAACCCUAAUUUACAACAAAGAAUACAAAUCACCAUAUAACUGGACCUUAGGAUAGCCGGGCUUAACAUAAGGAAUAGUCUAAGGCUGGGCCGGAUUAACAUAGGGGCUGAUGGAGCUGCAGGCCCAUGUCCGUGGAAGAGGCCCAUUGUUUACUACUCUUCACAUGCUCUUGCUUAAUUAUGGAAACUUAAGAGGGAUGUUGUAGGGGAAAAGGGGAACAAAACUUGUAUGGACUGGCUGAUAAUGAAGUUAAUUAAGCUGACUGCGCAUUAUGCAAAUGCUCUUACUGCUUCAGUCUCUCUAACACUGUCACAUAGUCCCUUUUUUCUACACUCUCUUAAUACACUUUUUCUUUGUCCCAGACUGUAUAACAGGUCUGCAGCUAUACGACACCGUGCGCAGCAAACUGCGAUAAACGGUGUUCUGCCAACUUUUUAUUAUAACCAGCUAUGACGAGACCAAUCUGGCCACUGUGCAUUGAAGGAGCCUGGUUGCCCGCCUGCUGCCUUUAGACUAUGGCCCCAUGGUGAAACACUUGAUUUUCCCCUGCAAAGACACGAAAACUGGGUCAUUUGGUACUUGCCCUAUUUGAACAGUGAUAUCCCAGAUAGCUAUGCCAUGGAGCCCAUUCGUAUAAUAAAAGACUAUGUGAAAGACUUUGGCUCCAUGGCAAUUGAACUGUAUGUAUGUGAUCUAAGCGCCAUUCAGUAAUAAUGUGCGCUCAGAUCUAAGCUAUCUGGGGAUAUGUUGAAUGUACCUGUUUUAUGCAAUAGCUGCACAGUUAUAUAUUUUUAUGUAUUUUAUUGUCUUUUGCUACCAUGUGUUCAAUGGAGUUUUGCCUCUGUCCUUGGAGAUAAUUGGAUUACUUCCCAAUUAUCUCCAGGAUAGAAGAUUCUGUGGAACUGGUUUUGGGCAGAAAAGCCAUGCGUCAUUUGGUCACAAAGGACUACGAUCUAUCUUUUGAACCACUGGAGCAAUUUGUAUGAUUUUGACGUAUGUUUGUAUUUGGAGUAUGCUGAUUCUGAAAAUGUGAGUUUUUAAGUGAAUGUGAUGCAUACUUUUAAAGUUAUGAAUAAUGUGAAAAAACAGUAUUUCUCUGCCUGUGAUAAUUACAUUAACCCAUUGUGUAAGGUAAUUGUAUCACAGGCAGAGGGGAGGAUUUUGUGUGGGAGUGUCUGAGUGUAUUGUACGUGUUGGUUGUUUUACAAAACCCUGUGGGUGGUACUAAUGUGUAAGAAUGUGUAUAUAAGAACAAUAAACCCACAGCUCUGUCUGAUAUCUGCUUGACCCUCAAUGCGGAGCCUUUUCUCAUUCUUGGGGGGAUUUAUUGUAUGCUGUUCCAUUUCGACUGCUAGGAGUGUAAACCUUUCGUAUAGUUUUUCCUAUUCGACUGUUUACAGCAUUCGUAUGUUUGAGAGCAUUCAUAUGCUUCUCCGGUUCGGUGGAUUGGUGUCUACAGUAGCUGCCUGUAUAUCUGGAAGGGAAUAUCUCCUAAAUGGCUUUUACCCCCUUCUAUGCCUGGGGGUGCCAUUACACCAGCACUAUGUUUUUCGUCUGUGUGAUCGGGAGCCUUCGCUCCCUACGUGCAUCAAUGAGCCUCGGGCGCCCAUGAACAUGAAGCCAGUUCACCGGUUGUCCUUUCUUGCACCACUUUUGAUAGGUACUAACCACUGCAUACUGAGAGCAGCUCACAAAACUUGCUCUUUUGGAGAUGCUCUGACCCAGUCAUCUAGCAUUCACUAUUUGGCCCUUGUCAAAUCUUUUCACUUAACCAUUUUUCCAGCUUCCAACACAUGAAAUUCCAGAAUUGACUGUUCACUUUCUGCCUAAUAUAUCCCACUCAUUGGCAGGUGCUAUUUUUACAAUACAAUCAAUGCUAUUCACGUCACCUGUCAGUGGUUUUAAUGUUGUGGCUAAUCAGUAUAUGUAUUAAUGUUUCCAAUAAAAGUUAAUAUAUUGUGCUCCGAGCAUCCUCUUUUACACUGUUAUCCGAAUUCUAAAAUAGGAAAAUGUACAGGGAGUGCAGAAUUAUUAGGCAAAUGAGUAUUUUGACCACAUCAUCCUCUUUAUGCAUGUUGUCUUACUCCAAGCUGUAUAGGCUCGAAAGCAUACUACCAAUUAAGCAUAUUAGGUGAUGUGCAUCUCUGUAAUGAGAAGGGGUGUGGUCUAAUGACAUCAACACCCUAUAUCAGGUGUGCAUAAUUAUUAGGCAACUUCCUUUCCUUUGGCAAAAUGGGUCAAAAGAAGGACUUGACAGGCUCAGAAAAGUCAAAAAUAGUGAGAUAUCUUGCAGAGGGAUGCAGCACUCUUAAAAUUGCAAAGCUUCUGAAGCGUGAUCAUCGAACAAUCAAGCGUUUCAUUCAAAAUAGUCAACAGGGUCGCAAGAAGCGUGUGGAAAAACCAAGGCGCAAAAUAACUGCCCAUGAACUGAGAAAAGUCAAGCAUGCAGCUGCCACGAUGCCACUUGCCACCAGUUUGGCCAUAUUUCAGAGCUGCAACAUCACUGGAGUGCCCAAAAGCACAAGGUGUGCAAUACUCAGAGACAUGGCCAAGGUAAGAAAGGCUGAAAGACGACCACCACUGAACAAGACACACAAGCUGAAACGUCAAGACUGGGCCAAGAAAUAUCUCAAGACUGAUUUUUCUAAGGUUUUAUGGACUGAUGAAAUGAGAGUGAGUCUUGAUGGGCCAGAUGGAUGGGCCCGUGGCUGGAUUGGUAAAGGGCAGAGAGCUCCAGUCCGACUCAGACGCCAGCAAGGUGGAGGUGGAGUACUGGUUUGGGCUGGUAUCAUCAAAGAUGAGCUUGUGGGGCCUUUUCGGGUUGAGGAUGGAGUCAAGCUCAACUCCCAGUCCUACUGCCAGUUCCUGGAAGACACCUUCUUCAAGCAGUGGUACAGGAAGAAGUCUGCAUCCUUCAAGAAAAACAUGAUUUUCAUGCAGGACAAUGCUCCAUCACACGCGUCCAAGUACUCCACAGCGUGGCUGGCAAGAAAGGGUAUAAAAGAAGAAAAUCUAAUGACAUGGCCUCCUUGUUCACCUGAUCUGAACCCCAUUGAGAACCUGUGGUCCAUCAUCAAAUGUGAGAUUUACAAGGAGGGAAAACAGUACACCUCUCUGAACAGUGUCUGGGAGGCUGUGGUUGCUGCUGCACGCAAUGUUGAUGGUGAACAGAUCAAAACACUGACAGAAUCCAUGGAUGGCAGGCUUUUGAGUGUCCUUGCAAAGAAAGGUGGCUAUAUUGGUCACUGAUUUGUUUUUGUUUUGUUUUUGAAUGUCAGAAAUGUAUAUUUGUGAAUGUUGAGAUGUUAUAUUGGUUUCACUGGUAAUAAUAAAUAAUUGAAAUGGGUAUAUAUUUGUUUUUUGUUAAGUUGCCUAAUAAUUAUGCACAGUAAUAGUCACCUGCACACACAGAUAUCCCCCUAACAUAGCUAUAACUAAAAACAAACUAAAAACUACUUCCAAAAAUAUUCAGCUUUGAUAUUAAUGAGUUUUUUGGGUUCAUUGAGAACAUGGUUGUUGUUCAAUAAUAAAAUUAAUCCUCAAAAAUACAACUUGCCUAAUAAUUCUGCACUCGCUGUAUAUCCUUUAAAUAAAAGCUAGCGUUUGCUUCAGUCCAGCUAUUGUCACUCUUUACUCUUUAGUAUCAUUUGAAAGCAUCUAAUCCUGAUACAUUUCGCAGGGCAUAUGAUGUAUCAUUCCAGAAGAAUAUUUUCAUGUUUAGAUUCAUUUUUUUUAUAAGAUCUCAAAAAUUAGGCAUAGUAUGUUAAAGGAUCAUUUUUAGUUAAAGUCUCAGCAAACUUUCUUUUUUUUCCAGUUGAUGCUAAAAUUAAUGACACCGUUAAAGACAAUUCUUUAUACACAGAACAUGUCGAGGGAUGUGGGGAAUCAGAGGUAUGGUUGCAACAUAUUAGAUAUACUGUUGUACUACAGUUAAAUAUGUAAGAACUGUAAUUAACCAUGGCCCAGAUAACACAGGAUAUGUGUGUACACAAACCAAAAGCGCAAUUAGUGCAAAUGAGAUGUUAGCAGACAGAAACUUCCCUGUACAAGGUGAAGCUUCCAAAGGUACCCCGAAGACUUCCUCCUGUCUUACAUGAAACAUAUAUACAAAAAAAUAGGGGAUUAUCUGACUUAAUGCCUUUAACAUAAAUCCCCUCCAAGGGUUCAGUCUUCACAGUGUAUUCAGAUAACCAUUGGUUGGCUGCAGUAGAUAUACUCAAAAGAAAGAAUAAAGUUGAAGUGUGCAAUCGAGUAUGUAAUAAUAAAAAAAAAAUGAUUUCACUUCAUAGAAGUUAAAAACAAUAGGUGUAGUUGCUCAGAAUCACGAUUAGGCGUCCUACGCAUUUAGUUUGUGUAUAGGACUUUAGCAGUAUUCAUUUACAAUCCUGAAUGAAUAGUAAUUCCCCCUCCUCUCCCCAGUCCUUUUAUACCUCCCCAAACAUCCAUCAAAGUCCAAUAAUCUAUUUCAGGUGUUCUUCCGGUUUCUUCCAAACGUUGUGACAUUAUCGCAAAUGCCGUCCGAUGCCGUCAUGCGUUCCAAUAUGCGUUCCACCGCCGAAACCCGGAAGCAGAUGGAGCUUGCUGUUCGUUUUAGUAUUCUUUAUGUGACAACAAAUAAAAGAUAAAGGGGCAUGGGGUUUAUCCACAUAAAUUAUACUCAACAUAAUUAUCUGUUUCACUCACUUUUAUUUUUAUUAGUUUCAUCUUAUUUUUAAUUUAAUUUUUAUUUCUAAUUUUAAUUUUAUUUUAAUAUAUUUUUUCAUAUUCUUUUUUUAUAUUUAUAUUUAUUUUUUCUUAUUUAUUGCAUUACCAUUUAUUUUACCAUUUUUUAAUAUUAUAAUUUUCUUUUAUUAUCAUUUUCAUCAUUAUCAUUUCUUCUUUAUUUCAGAAUUUUGAUUUAAUUUUUUAAUUUGUUAUUUUUUGAUUAUUUUCAUUAUCAUUAGUCUUUCACAUUACUUUGCUUUACAUUUUACCAAUGCCAAUCAGAGAUACCUAAUCCUCUAUGCCCCUUUGUUAUUUAUUCCCCUCUAUUAUAUACCCCACAUUGACUGUGAGCAUGUCACAUAAAGAAUACUAAGACGAACAGCAAGCUCCAGCUACUUCCGGGUUUCGGCGGUGGAUCGCAUAUUGGAACACAUGAUGUCAUCGGACGGCAUGCAUGAUGACGUCACAAUGCUUGGACAAAACCGGAGAACACCUGAAAUAGAUUAUUGGGCUUUUAUGGACGUUUAGGGAGGUAUAAAAGGAGUGGGAAGGGGAGGGGGAAUUAUUAUUCAUUCAGGAUUGUCAUUGAACACUGCUAAAGUCCCUGAGGAAGUCCUAUACACGGACAAAAUGUCUGGUGGUGAUUCUGAGCAACUACACCUAUUGUUUUUAACUUCUAUGUAAGUGAAUAAAUUGUUCUUUUAUUACGUACUCGAUUGUGCACUACAACUUUAUUCUUUCUUUUGAGUAAAUGUACUCCAGCCAAUCCAUGGUGAUCUGAAUACACUGUGAAGACUGAACCAUUGGAGGGGAUUUAUGUUAAAGGCAUUAAUACAUUAACCAUGUCCCGACUGCGUUUCUGCAUGUGAAUUCCUUUACCCAUUAUAUUUCUAUUGGUGCGCCAGGUCAGCAGUGGUUUAUGGGAAAUGUAGUUCAGCACUAGUUAGUAGUUCCAUUCAUAAAAACACCUAGAUAAAACUUAAAGCUUAAAGACUUUCAUGUGCAAACCUUUCUCUAAAAAGGUCUACAUUUGCAAGUUUGGAAAUCUAUAGCAGCUAAAAUCACAGAUUUUACAUGAUGUAGAAGCAUGCCCUUAUCCACUAAGCUUUUUUAACAGUCUUCUUCAUCAAGAAAUUGUUCUUGUAAUAUUAAUUAGAGCUUUGCUGCAACGAGAGGUGCAUAGCGAGAUUAAAAAUCUCUGUUAUAGUAAGAGGUUGCCACGUGGUUAACCCUUGCACUUACGAAGAUUAUUUAAAGGGACACUGUAGGCUGUGCACCAGCUUCAUCUGCUCCAAACUUGUUAAAGUGUCUGGAGCCCCCUGGUGCUGUAAUUUUAUUAAGCACUGAAUAUAUUUGAAUGUUUUACAGUUUAAUGCUAAACAAGAGUCCCCGGCAGCCCAACUGCACUGUGCCCCUUGGGCUAAUGAGGAAGUAUUAGCCUAAGCCGCAAUGGACAGCUGUCAUUGGCUGAGAGUGUUAGCUGACUGUUCUUAAUCUAUCAGAACUCCCAUUCUUGGUACAAAUGGGUAUUAUACAAGGAAAUGUGUACUCUCUGAUUUAGGCAUAUCUGCAAUAGGGCUGUGGGUGGCCAGAGACCCGUAUUUAGUGUUAAACUGUUUGAACAUUAUUUAACAUGGAAUAGAGGGAAGGAACCAGGGUACUCUAGUCACUAUAAUCAUUUCAAAGAGAUUAAAUGGUUAUAGUGACUGCCAUGUCCUUUUAACUAUUUUCCUGCUAGCUGUUAGUUCUGCCAGCGGGCAAAGAGUACUUGAAAUUUUUAUUCCGUUGCAAAAAUCAAGUGAAUGAUAAUUUGUGAAUAUGCAUCCUGCUGAAUGUAUUCAGUACAACAUUUUAGAAAACUGGUAUUUUCUCAAUAUUCCAAAUCCUUUACUUUGCAUAAGGUUCAAAUUCGAGAAGCACUCAUUUAAUUGUGGACGCAGAAUUAACCUGGGUGAUUUUUGUAGCUUCGCUUGGACCGGCCUGAUUUGGCUUUAGUAAAUACGAGAAUUGCCAGUGAGGUUGGAAUUUAGCCAUUUUCAUGUCUAUCCAGUUUAGUGAAUAGCCCUGUUUGACUUAGAAUUACCUCCAAUUAUGAGAGAUAGGAGUGUCGGGCAAUAUUUGAAUUCUAACUAGACAUAUUUCUUACCUUAAAGGAACAAUACAAUAAAAGGAACUCUUUAGAUUACUGCAUUUCACCUAGAAUCAGGACGACUCACCUUUAUUCCACCACUAAGAGAGGUUGCUCACUACAUCUCUGCUUCCUGAUGACUUGUGUAAAAUCAGAUGCUUCUCGAAGAGAAGCAUUGCAGCACAUCACUUGCUUCUCUAUAAGGAACUACAAUUGAAAGCAAGCGAGACAAGAAACACUCCUGGCUGUGUGUUUGACAGCCAGGUGCUGUUACCAAUGGGAUUUAUAAAACGGGAUUUAUAAAACUGCUGAUUUGUCUCGAAAUCAACACUUUUAUAAAAUAAGCCUGCAGUGACAUGCAGCUACCCACUAAAGCACUUCUGUAAGCUUUGUGCUAAUUUGAUAUGUCUCUUAUAAUUCCCAAAAAUGUGUCCCUUCAAAGGAACACUACUGGUUAUGUUGCCAGGAGAGCUCUUGCACUCUUCUAUAGUAAGGAGUCAAACUCUUUUACAAUGGACUGACUUCUAACGUUUUGUAAGUUUCAUCUACCUUUCCCUUAUGUCAUAUAUGUAUUGUUAGAAUUAAAUAUUUGUUAUGUUUUCCUAUGUACAGCACUAUGCAAUAUGUUAACAUUAUGUAGAUAGUGGUAUUGUAAUUAUUGGUCCACUGGGCACCGCUCCCCACCUCCACGACUUCCUAUGGACAGCUGGAAGCUCUCUAUUUGAGAUAAGCCCAAUAGUGCAGGCGCUUAGCUUAGGUAAGCUUCAGGAGGCUCCUGCUUAGAAACUUCGGGCUCUGUGUGGAAAGUAGUGGAGGCAGGAAGUGACGGACAGUGAUCCCCACAUAAGAAGUCAAACAAUUCUAAAACCGUUUGAUUUCUUACAAUAGAGAAGUGUGAGGGCUGCUAGGGCACUUAUGGCACCAUAACCACUGCAGCAAACUAUUGUUUUUAUAUCUUGUAAAACAGAAUUUCUGCAAUUUGAUAAAAACAUUGUUGUUUUCCUUGACUUGUAUGUAUGAGCCGUGUCUUGUGGUCUCUCCUGCAUCCAUCUUGCCUGUCUGUAUAGGAAGAAAAUGGAAGGGCUCAUAAAAGGCCUAGUACACCAGAGACAGAUUCUAGUGUAUCCAGUGAUAUUUCACUGAAUGACUCCGGUAAUGGUCCACAACACCCAUUGGCUGUCGAACAGGUACGUAGCAAUGUAUUUCUUGAACACUAUAUGUGAUACCAAGGAUGAUUUUAUCUGUACUAAAAAUAUUUUAUUCGCUAUAUUUUUUCACACUGCUCGUGUUAUCAUGUAUACAGAAAUGAACAGCCUUAAAGUUACCCUCCAAGCACUAUAACUUCUACUACUUUGAUAUCUAAUGGUGUUAUGAGAGUCACUGUCCUACUCCCCAUGUACAGAACUUCCUAUAAUUGCAGUAGUUUGACAACAGAGGCUCAUUGGAUAAGAUCAGACUCCAUAACAAGAGGCUACUGAUUGGUGGUGCCACUUCCUGGUCUGUGAACAGCUAAAUGUAUAUACUGCUGCCUGUGUAAGUGCAGCAGAAACAACAAAUCUGAAGGGGGUAUAUUUUUUUUAUUUUAAUAUUUUCAAUUAGUUUUUUUAAUAUAUUUUAAUGCAUUAUCUAUAUAAUCCAAGCACAGAGUGUUCAAUUAAAUCAAGAGAUAUAAAAAUGGUGACUACAGACAGGGAAGCUGGGACUUGAUUCCAAACCCCAAAGAGAUACAUCUUUUGUAAGAGAAGAAGCGUUAUCCCCACAAACAUUGCUAUUAAACCUGUGAGAAUUGAAAAAAAUAAAUCAUGGCAGAUGUUCUUGCCAACUUAAGACCUUAUGUCGAGAAAUCAGGCCGUACUUCGUCUUAUGAUAUCUUUUAAUUCUUCUUCUUCAUUCCAAUCCCAGUCAAUAUGAGUAUUUACUAAAGAUUAUAACAUUUAAAUACUCAGAACAGACAGAGCUACUUUAAUAGCACAGUUAUUGCUUCCAGAUGAAAUUGGUGCUAAUUUGACAAUAAUAUAUAUAAUAAAGCAAACAGCAAAUUUGUGGGGAGUCCAGAUAGAUAGAUUAGAUAGGAUAGAUAGAUAGAUAGAUAGAUAGAUAGAUUAGACAGACAGAUCGAUAUAUACUGUAGAUAGAUAGAUAGAUAGAUAGAUACUGUAGAUAGAUUCUGUAGAUAGAUAGAUACUGUAGAUAGAUAGAUAGAUAGAUAGAUACUUUAGAUAGGUAGAUAGAUAGAUACUGUAGAUAGAUAGAUAGAUAGAUAGAUACUGUAGAUAGAUAGAUGCUGUAGAUAGAUAGAUAGAUACUGUAGAUAGAUAGAUAGAUAGAUCCUGUAGAUAGAUAGAUAGAUAGAUCCUGUAGAUAGAUAGAUCCUGUAGAUAGACAGACAGACAGACAGAUAGAAUGAUUGUAUAAUAUAUACUAUAUAUAUUAUAAUGAUAUAUGAUUUCCCAUAAAUUUGCAGUUUGUGACAGCUUGUUAUUGGGAAUAUUUUUCAUGAACCCAGCUAAUGGUAUCCAACUGCAUGCUUGCAAAUCCACACAACCAAGUAUUGAAUCAAAAAGACAAGGCUCACUGCGCAGCUCAGGGGCAGAGGUAAAUGGAUAUUAUUGAUGUUUCUUCUUGGCAUUUCACCCCGGUAAACACUUUGAUGUUAUUUACUGGAAUGAAAGGAAAAAAUGUGGGAACAUGAUACCAACUUUAAGUCUCAAUUUAUACAACACAUUUCAUGUGUAAUAAUAUCACAUAAUGAGUUAAGACAUGGAAAAAGAUGUUAGUGAUUCUAAUUGUCAUUUUACAGAUCAAAAUGCCUAAUGGCAAUAAAUACCAGUAAAAAACUGAAUUUCUUCCUAAGUUCUUGCUUGAUCAUUUAGAAACAUUGCUUUUAAACCUUGGGCUGUUUACUGUUUUUAUUGAUUUUUAAAAAGGAUAUAUAUAUGAACAAUCAGCCAAAUGAGUAACAUACAAACAGAGCUUUUACAAAGAAAGGAAUGAAGGUCAAAGCCACAUGCUCUUACAGUAGAGCAAUUGUAACAAAUUCAUUUUAUGUGAAAAAAAAAACCAGGAAUAUAAAAUAAACGUUGGAAUUCUAGAAGAGAGCAUAUUAGCAACAGAAAAAAGAAGCAAGUGUAAAGAGAAGACUGGUAUAGGAGAGAUCAAAUUACUAGAGCAGGCACAGGCAACCUUCGGCACGCCCGAUGUUUUGGACUACACCUCCUAUGAUGCUUUACCAGCAUUAUGAGUGUAAGAGCAUUAUGGGGGAUGUAGUCCACAACAUCCAGAGUGCCGAAGGUUACCUAUCCCUGUACUAGAGAAAUAAUAGAUUGAUAAUAUCUGUUAGAUGAGGAAUUAUUCUAGUGCAUUAUGUAAGUCUGUACUCUCUCAGUUACAGCUUGCAAUGGAAAUUCAUAUCUGAUUAUUUAUUUUAUUAAGAGCAUUAACUGAAGACUAUUCCUUCUUCUUUAGAUUGAUUUGACUGUUGAUGAUGACCAGCUUGCCAUGACAGAAGACCAAAUAUUUUGUGAAUAUUGUUUUAAGGCUACAGAACCUUUUCCAACAGCCGAACAGUUAGCAUCACACCCCAUGCAUAAAGUAAGUAAACAACAACUAUAACGUGUUAUCAGCAUCUUCACAUUGGCUUACCAUUUUAUCAACUGCAUAUUUAUCAAUUGUUCAUGGUGUUUCAAAUAAGCAAAGCAAAUUAACUUCAAUAGAUUCACUUUAGAAUAAUCAAGCAGCAAUCAGCCUAUAUACUAAGUAGAAUUCACUAUAAUAAUGAGAUAAUGCAACACUCUUGGUUCAUGUUGUCAAACAAGGUGUUGGGAUAUGGGAUUAAUACUUGCAAUAAUAAGCCAGAAACUACCCAUGUUACUUUUCACUUUGGCAUUUCCUCAUUACCAGCCAGUGUUUUGAUUCCCUCUCCUCAGCCUAAUGAAAUAUAUAAUCUGUGACAUAACAUAAAACAUAAUGUAGAAAAAGAGCGCAAGAGGAAAGCAACCUAUUUGAAAGGCUAUAGUAAAACUUGCGGGGUUAUUCACUAAGCAACACUUUUUGUCUAGAUGGACUGAAUCUUGUGAAACUGACAAAUUCCGACUACGGUGCAAAAUCUCUUAUUUUUCCAGCCUGAACAAAUAUAUAUAAUAUUUCACAUUACCGCCAUUAGAUAAGUGGAAAGAAUCCAUGUAACAAUUCCAGUUUAGCAUCAACAGAUCCAUUGUAUCUAGUGAAAUCUAAAAGCUAGAUACAUAAAAUUAUUUACACGGUUUCCCUUGUAACUAAAACCCAUAAAUGCCAUCAUCCAUUCAUCUUAUGAUAAAUAGGGCGUUUCUCCCUUUUUGUUUCUUUAUUUAUACUUAUGCACAGUUUUAGAACUAGUAUGGUGUAAUAAUAGGUAGCUAGUUCGAUUUAGCUUAUCUAUCCCCCAUCAAUUUGGCUAGAAUUAUAGUUCUCCAUUGGUUUUAUUUUCUCUAGUGCUCAGUGUUAUAUGGAAUAGUAGGUCCCAUGCUGUAUUGCUUUGGUAAUUGAGGUUAUGUUGUCUUCUUUUCCCCCUCCUGUUUGCCUAUUCCCCAUUUAAAUUAACCUUUUGCGAUAGAAGAGGGAGAUUUUCAGAGAGACUUUUCUUUAUUUAGCCUAGUUCAUUAGCUUUGAUAUCUUUAAAGAGACAGACAGGGUACCAUACUAUUAGUAAUAUAUACCUCCUUUUUGUAUAAAUAUUUUUUAUUUUAUUUUUUCGGAAGCGUUCCAUUUCUCUAGUUCGACUAAGUAAUUAGAUUAACCUCUUGCUUCACAAGAGUAAUUUGUAUGCUCAGGGGAAUAAUGGACAAGAUGGGCACGUUUUGGAAACAAUUUUGGAAUCCUAUAUUUGUUAAUUAGGAAGUUUAUUGUGCUAAAUUGGAAAACUAUAUUAAUGGAUCGAUUGCAUUUUUUUAUAGCCUAGAAAUGAGUUACUUUUCCUUAAAAUAUUUAGGAUAUUUGGUUAAAAUGAUCUUCCAGGGGCACAACAAAUUAAUAAAGCCGUUAAGUGGGGAGACACACCUUUAUUCCAAGUUUUCUCUAUAUCAUAAGAUGAAUGGGUGAUGACAUUCCUGGGGAAUAGUUUUAGUUACAAGGGAAACCAUGUUAAUACUUUGUUUCAUUUAUGUAUCUAACAUCUAGCUUUCAUUAGAUACUCUGGCACUGUUGAUACUAAUCUGCAAUUAAUACUUUAAAGGGACACUAUAGUCACCAAAACAACUUUAGCUUAAUGAAGUGGUUUUGGUGUAUAGAUUAUACCUCUGCAGUCUUACUGCUCAAUACUCUGCCAUUUAGAAGUUAACUCGCAUGUUUAUGCACCCCUAGUCACACAGUCUCCCUAAACACAUCCUGUAAAGAGUUACCUAAUGCUUAACCUUAUUUUAUUGCAAAUUCUGUUUAAUUUAGAAUUUCCUAUCUCCUGCUCUGUUCCUGUCUUGCUAGACCUUGCAGGAGCCUCUUGUAUGUGAUUAAAGUUCAAUUGGGGUCAGUUGACUACUGAAUUGUAAAUAUAAGCCAAAACAACUAAUAUGAUUAUUUACUAAACUGUGAAUUAAAAGUAAAUUUAAGAGUAGCCAAACUAAAUGCAUAGUUGACUUAGAGAUCCUUUUUUAAGGUUGCAUUUUGUCUUUAAAUUUGAAAUUCACUUUAAAUUAACUUUUGAUUCUUACGUUAGUGAAUAACCAUGCAAGCUUCUGGCCUACAUUUUGAAAUUUAACUGACCAUGAAUUCCAGUGCAUGGUUUAGUCUUUAAAUCCAGAGUAGUACAUCUAAGCCUUUCCCUACAGCAAUGUCCCAAGGAGCCACUGACAUGUCUGCAGGAUCACCUGGCUGACAGCUGCUGUCUCUACAGUAUACACAACCCAGUCACUGUUGGACGCUUCUGUGUGUGAGAUAACCACAUGUGUUCUUGUCAGUGAACUGUGAAUCAGUCUUGCUCUUCCAUGAAUCAAGAAUUGCAAUACUAUCCUGUGCAGACUACGUUACCCCUUUGAAUAUUUCCAAAUUUCUACUGACAUCUUUCUGAAUGUGUCUAAUACAAUGUGUCUAAUGCGCCUGCGAUAAAAUAAAUAUAUAAGAUUAUAUGUUUUAAAAGAAAUUCAAAACUCAGAGAGAAAGAUUAUGUAAUAUAUGUGUGUGUACAGGUGUAUAAAAUCAAGCACAUAGCCAUGCAGUUUGCAUUUACAAACAUUUGUGGGGGAAAAAAAUGGUUCAUUCUUAAGAGCACAGUGAAUUCAACCGUGGUACUGUGAUAGGACACCACCUUUGCAAUAAGUCAGUUUAUGAAAUUUCAUCUCUGCUAGAUUUUCCCUGGUCAACUGUAAGUGGUAUUAACAGCAGCAACUUGAAUAAGUAGAUCACGUUAAGUCACAGAGUGGGGUCACCAAGUGCAGUCUAAUGGUUGAGUCUGGGGUUGGCUGAUGCCAGGAGAACAUUGCUUAUAUGACUGCCCUGUGCCAGCUGUAAAGUUUGGUGAAGGUAGGAUAAUGGUAUGGGGUUGUUUUUGAGGGUUUGGGCUAGGCCCCUUAAUUCCAGUGAAGGGAAAUCUUGAUGCUUCAGCAUACCAAGACAUUUUGGAUAAUGCUAUACUCCCAACUUUGGGGGAACAGUUUAGAGAAGGCCAUUUUCUAUUCCAGCAUGAAUGUGCCCGAGUGCACAUAGCAAGGUCUAUAAAGACAUGGAUGGAUGAGUUUGGUAUGGAAGAACUUGACUGGCCCGAGUCCUGAAUCUCAACCCCAUCGAACACCUUUGGAAUGAACUUUAUAUAUAAAAACAUGCAUAAUACCCUAAUACUCAAACACAGCAUGUGAUAUGAUGAUAACUAUGAAUACUAGGGUCAACGGUUGUUGCUAGUCCUAUGGCUAUAACAUAAUGUAUCCAUACAGAAAAUCUUACAAACCAAGGGUAGAGUAGCACAUGGGGACACUUACUGUGCAGUCUUUACAAAUCAAUAACUAUAAGCAAACUGUUUGCUAUACUGACAGUUAUUUCAAUAUAAUAUGCAAAUAUGCUGUGGAAUAGGGCUGCUGAAGUGGAGGGAAAUAAACAGCAUGCAAAAGUGAAAGCAACCUACACACUCCGGCUAUGAGCAUGUUGGGCAAUUCAAGUAAGCCAGAAAUUCUGUGCUGCGGCUGCCAAAUCAAUGCGCCCCCCCCCCCCUUCAAUAAAGACUGUGAAAAAAUGCUGCUGUGCAGCGAUGACAGUCGUGAUGGAUAAGUUAAAACAGUCUUCUUAUUUUGGAAACAGAAAAAUAUUAAUGUGAGCAAAAAAUACUUAGGCAAGUGAAAUAACACUUCACCAAAGCAGAUAUGUAGCAGUAAACACAUGAUGACUUUAUUAUCCCAGAUGUCUAUUUUUUUCAUGCAAGAAAGGGGUUAAUUAAGCGUAUUAUCAUGUCACCAAGGUUCUAGUCCCUCGUUAGAGGACUGCCAGUGAAGACAACUAAUUAGGGUCUUUGCAAAGUACAUUUUUAUGAAACAAGUAGACUCUGUUGCUCACAAUCUGCAUUACUAAUAUGCUAAUGAGUAAUUGCUGCUAUGCCGAAGGACUUUUGAAAACAUCUUGGAUUAUUUUCUGUGAAUUAUUUUUUAUACUGUCAAUAUUUUCUUGUUUCCUUAAAGCAGAUCUGUCAUUUCUGAGUUUUUCAUAAAGAUGGAAAAAUAUUGCACAGGAAUGUUCAAAAACAUUCCAGGAGAAUCAAAAGGUAUACAUGAGGCAAAUUACAAUAUGCCUUCAAGGAUAGCACAACAAGGCAGAACUGGACUAUUAAUUCUUUUCCAGCUGCCUUGCAUCGCCAUCCCCAAUGAAAUGAGGUUUCUAAUACAGGCAGACUCAUUAAUUUUCUUUCUAAUUACAAGAAUAGAGAUUACACACUCUACCAAAGCCAAUUUUUAACAUUUAGUUAAGUAGCUAGAAAGCUGAACAAUUUGUGUAUAACAAGUGCAGAUCUUGGCCGAGUCACAAUUUGACUCAUCGCUCCAAAAAAUAUAAUGUUAGAGCUCUAAAACACAGUUUCAUGAUUGGGAAUGUUUUAAACACUGGGUACAGCUGGCAUAAAUGUACUGUAUCGGUGGUAUACUCCUCUACUUUUGUGAUACGUUGGUAGACACAGUAUUAUAUAAUAUACUGUAUGUUGUUACUGGAGAAGUGAUGGCUCUAGUUGUUAUUGGAUGUAAUGUUUUUUAUGUAAUAGAUUUGUGUAAUGUCAUUUAACAUGUGCACUGAUUUGAAUUAGAGAUGGGAGUAGGUUUAACCAGGCUAAAUGCUUUUUGUUUGUUUUGAAGCUGGAACUGA